AUGACCGUGACUCGAUCCCAGACGGGGAAGACCCCAAAGAAAAUGGAGCGGCCCGGCUUCAUCGAGACACCUGGCCGUCGAGUAACUCGCAGUAGCAGCCGCGCACUGUCAGAGGAGCCUUCCAACUCAACAGCUGAUACUCAGGCUCAAUCAAACUCCACAUCGCGGAGACGCCCGUCGGUCAAGGUCAAGACUGAACCAUUGGACGAGGAACCGAAGCCAUUUGCGACCAAUGGACACGCCGACGAUUCCGCUGGCAAGCCCCGGAUUGUGGAUGGAUGGGAAGAGGGCAAGGAUCCCAGAAUCGACUACAGUGGUCACUUCGAAUUUGGAGGCUCUCUGGGUGUGGCCUCCAUGAUGAUCGGAUUUCCGCUGCUGAUGUACUACAUGUGGAUUGGUGCCACCUACUACGAUGGCAAGUUCCCUCGUCCCGCGGAAGGACAAAGCAUGUCCGAGUUUUUUGCGCACCUGGGGCACCUGGCAUAUGAAGGCGCUUUCCCAUCACUCAAGGCUUGGACGAUCUACUGGGUUUUCUUCAUCUUUGAGGGUAUUUGCUAUCUGUGUCUUCCGGGUAUUACCGUCAUGGGUCGUCCUCUGCCACAUCUGGGAGGGAAACAACUACCAUAUUACUGUUCUGGGGUUUGGUCCUUUUACACCACCAUUGUGCUGGCCUUCCUACUUCAUGUUACUGGUGUCUUUAAGCUGUACACUAUCAUUGAUGAGUUCGGCCCUCUCAUGAGCGUUGCUAUCCUCUCUGGAUUCCUUGUUGCUUUCGCGGCUUACUUCUCGGCAUUGGCGCGCGGGGCGCAGCAUCGCAUGACGGGUCACCACGUUUACGAUUUCUUCAUGGGCGCGGAGCUCAAUCCCAGAAUGUUUGGAAUCUUGGACUUCAAGAUGUUCUUCGAGGUCCGCCUUCCUUGGUACAUUCUGCUCUUCGUUACCCUGGGUGCAGCGGCUAGACAGUAUGAGGUCUACGGUUAUGUCUCUGGAGAGGUCGGCUUCCUGCUGUUGGCGCACUUUCUAUACGCGAAUGCCUGCUCCAAGGGCGAAGAGUGCAUUGUGUCCACGUGGGAUAUGUACUACGAAAAAUGGGGUUUCAUGUUGAUCUUCUGGAACCUUGCUGGUGUACCCCUGAGCUACUGUCACUGCACCAUCUACCUGGCCAACCACGAUCCAGCUACCUACCACUGGAACCGGUACUUCCUCUCAUUCCUCUACGUCGCCUACCUCUUCGUGUACUGGGUGUGGGAUACGACCAAUAGCCAGAAGAACCGUUACCGCCAGCAAGAGCGCGGAACCAUGGUGUUCCGCAGCACUUUCCCUCAGCUGCCUUGGCAGACGCUGAAAAAUCCCAAGACUAUCACGGCCGAUGAUGGGUCCAAGAUCCUGGUCGACGGUUGGUAUGGCAAAGCACGCAAGAUCCACUAUACCUGCGACCUGUACUUCGCCCUGAACUGGGGACUCAUCACUGGGUUCAGCAGCCCAUUCCCCUGGUUCUAUCCCCUCUUCUUCGCCUGUAUGAUCACUCACCGCGCGAUGCGCGAUAUUGAGCGUUGCCGGAAUAAGUAUGGCGAGGCAUGGAGGGAGUACGAGAGACAGGUCCCUUACCUGUUCAUUCCGGAAUCUUACCACGAUGUGCCGACCCAGGCGGACGGCAGCGGGACUAUGCGUAUGUACUUCCUUUCUACCCUAUACUUGAGAUUUCUUUGCCCUAGCCGUGCUGACGUUAGUCCAGGCAUCUAUGUCUUCCACCCUACUAUCCCUGGAUACCCUAAGGCGCGGUUCCCGGGUGUGGUGGUGUUCAGUGAGAUUUAUCAGGUGACUGGACCUGUUGAGCGGUUUGCUAGACAAAUCGCCGGUCAGGGAUAUAUCUGCGCGGCACCGUCGAGUUAUCAUGAGUUUACGGGGCCGGAGGCAUUGAAGUAUAAUGCUGAAGAUACGGAUAAGGGCAAUGAGUGGAAGAUUAGUAAGAAAAUCGCGGCUUACGAUGAGGACGCCUCAUUGUGCGUCGACUAUCUCCUGUCAUUGCCCACGUGCAAUGGCCGGGUGGGCGCGACGGGUAUGUGCCUGGGUGGACAUCUUGCGUAUCGGUGCGCAUUGGACAGCCGCGUCAAAGCGGCGAUGUGCUACUUUGCCACAGAUAUCCACAGUAAGACGCUGGGGCUGGGGAAGAAUGAUGAUAGUUUGGCCCGGGCGGCGGAUAUCAAGGGCGAAUUGCUCAUGAUUUUCGGGAAGAACGACACCCAUGUUCCGCCUGAGGGAAGGGAUCUGAUCCGCAAGACCCUACAUGACAAGGGAGUUUUGUUUAGCUUUUACGAGGUGGCUUGGGCUCAGCAUGCCUUCAUUCGCGAUGAGCUCAGCAAGGGACGGUAUGACCCUGCCAUUACCAAGGCGUGCUUUGAGAUGCUGCUGGAGUUGUUCGGACGCACUCUCAAGCUGGACUUGGGCGAGCAUGAUGGAAAGGAGCUGAAGAUCGAAGACGUGUGCUAG